AAUGGCGGAUGUGGUGUACUAGCAACAUCCAAAUACUAAUUUUAUUCAAAAGAAAUUCAUAGUUAAACAAAUAACUAUAAGAAAACAUGUUUAAAUGUUCAUAUUUGGAGGAAAAAUAAUUUAUUUUAAAACAAUUUCAAAACAUUACUUAGCUAUAGGACUAGCAAGAGUCACAUUUACAGUAGUCACAGGGAAAUCAUUGACUGAAUGUAGUGUUAGUGUGAGUGGUGAGACUGAACUGUACUUUAAAGACUUUACUAAGUUCUACUGUUACUGAGUGAGUUGUUUGUUAGUUUAAGUUAUACAGCACUACUAGGUCUUGUACCCAGGGCCAGCCCCAUAACUUUCUUUGGACAGAAUUUUCACUCUUUACUAGUCUUCAGAUUUUCAAUCAAUUAUUAAUAAUAUAAUAAUAAUGUAUUGUCAAGUAUUGUCAUUGUAUGCCUUAAACUUAAAACAUACCUUUAUUAAUUAUUAUUAUGAAGACUAAGGGCAUUUACUCAUAAUAAAAAAUAAUUAUUAAUAACAAUAACUGAUAUAGCUAACUAAACUAACUUAGUAACUACCAAGUAUAAACUAGAUGUAAUAGUAAUAAGCUUUUAAUUUUAAAUAGGGCCAUAAUAGUUAAUAAUACAUAAUUUACUUUAGACUUAGUUCAGUUUGCUCGUGUGGUAGUAAUGUAGUGCAGUCAUCUGAAUCAGUUUGGUUAGGAUGCAUGGUUGGGCUUGGAGUUUAGGCAGAGGCGUCAAUAGGGUUAGCAACGCCUCAGACCUGCAGUGAUAAAUUCUUAUCCAAAUAUUACAAAAUAGCUUAAUUUAACUUAAACUUAAAGUAUUGUUUUUAAAUUAAAUCCUAAAGCAGCAAAAGACUUAGAAGAAAUCAUAGGUAAUAGCGUUUUGAAAUUGCAACAAAAUUACAUCUUACUGAAUUAGAUUAUUCAAUAGGUAAGCCUGGGCCAGAGAGCCAUGGGCAAAAAGAUUGUACAUAUACAAAGAUGAAAAUUGUCAUUAGAAACAAAUCGGAGACCUGAAAUAGCCCUUCAAAUUUCGCAGUUAAUAUAAAAAAUCAAUAAUAAAUACAUUAUAACAGAAAUUGACAUACAACUUCAUUUAAUCAUAGUUUAUGUUUUUCUGAAGUGAAUGCAGUUACAUCGUGGUCCGCUUUGGUUGUCACCAACUUAAACUGCGCCACAAAUUAUAUGAAAAACAAGCACACUAGAUGCUGUUGUGGCACCCUGUUCUUGUGGAACUCAGUUCUGUUGGCAUCCUGCUCUUAUAUUUAACUUAUUAAUGUUAUGAAACAAACUUGAGCGAGCUCUGUCAAAUAUGCAUUUUUCAUUCGUAUUGCCCCCCUUUGAGGGUGUCACCUGGUGCUGCCGGUACCCCCUAGUGACACCACUGAGAUAAUGGCCCAAAGAUAAUCAGCCACUGAUUAAUUAUUAUAUAUAAUCAGAACUGUCACAAGCACCCUGCAUUCCCUGCAGCUGCCUUAGAUAUUUAAGGGGCCCAAAGUAGUGAUGCAGAAAAUAUUUGAGAAAAAAGUAUUUUAAAUUGCACUGAAUUGUGAAAAAAAAUCACGAAAGGGGCAGGGGGUCCAUUAAAAAGUCAUGCAACUGCUCUGUGUGUUAUACAUUUUGAAAUGUAUUUAUACUUUUUAGGUGAUUAAUUAUAAUUAAUAAAUAAUUAUUGAUCACAGUUUUAAAGCUACUAUUUGUGUUGGGGGUAUUUUAUGUAAUGGUAAACCAUUAUUGUGACAAUAACCAGGUAAAUAAAUAGAAGCAAGCCCUAUUUUGUCACCCUAACAUUUGAAUCUUUGGCCUAGACUUGUUCCCCACCUUUGUUAUUGAUAAUGUGUGGUACAAGUUGAAAAAUGAGCUCAAAAAUAAAUCAUAAGUCAUCUGCUUUGCUAGUAUAAUUGUUCUUUAGGUCCUUCUUUUACACUUCACUGCCUUAUUAGUGCAUGUUUCUCCUUUAUUCAUACUGUACUAUGAUUGUGCUUUUUCAUAUAAUUUUAAAAAAUAAGGCAUUUAAUGGCAUAACUUUAUAUUGUAAAAUAAAAAUUAUAAUCAUACAGCACAUAGAUGUCAUUGAUAUACAUCUUCAAAUUAUCUGCAAAAGAAUAAAUAGCAUCAUUAAAAGAAUAAAGGAUCACUCAUUAGAUUAUCACACAAAAUGAGAUGGCUCAUGCAAUUGAGGCUAUUCAAUUCAUCUGUAAAAUAAAAUUUAGUGCACACACCGUACCAAAAUUGUACACUUAGUGUGCUACUAUUAGGAUUUUCAUACUUAGGCAGAUUUGUUUAAAAAUCUUAGUGGUACCGGUAUUAUUAUUGAUAUUAUAAAUCAAAGUUGUUCUAUUUGCAACUCUUAGUUCUUAAAUUUCUGUAAAGAUGCUAUGAAUUUUCAUGCGCAUAAUCAUCAGUUAAUUAGAGCUCUAUGGGUUUAAAUGUGCACAUGUAUCUCCAGUAUCCAACUCUCAUACUGCAACCAUAAUUAACUAGUAAAUAUCUCUUCUGUCCUAAAAGUAUUUACUAUUAAUCCUCUGCAAACAACAGAUCUUUACUUUUUCUGAAAGAUACAUUUAAAAAAUGUAAUAACCUUUAGUUCCAUGCUUAAUGUAACAUAGUAUUUACUGAGCCCUUUUACUUAUCCUCUUUGUUUUGUUCCAAGACACUAUUUUUUUUUACAUUCCUCUACAGAGAAAUAAUAGAAUAUUCAUAAAAAUGUCCAUGAGAAGAACAAAUCUUCCCAUGCUGAGAGCCCCUUAUGACACAACCCAUGAGUACAAUGCCAUCUCUGUUGGAAGUCCAAGGCAGCUGGUUUCUGAGCAAAGACAGAUUGCUGAAAUAGUACCAGUUAGACAUGAUCUUCCUUCACGCAUUGAAAGCAUUGAAGACAGAUUAGCAAUGCAAGAACGCAACACUCAAGUAAGACACCUGCAUCUGUGAAAAAUAUUAUUAUACAAAUUUUAAUGGACAAAUAAUUUCUUAAUCUUAUUAUUAGAUUCAUAAACAAUCUUAUUCUAAAAUUUGAAUUGCUCCAGUCAUAUUAUAAGCCUAAGAAGUGAAAUCAGUAUAUUGCAAUAACAAUAAUUUUCAAUAAAAGAUGACAGUAUAUCUCAAAACUAAAAUAAAAAUAUACAGGUGUUUGAAUAAACUAGACUAAUAAUUAAUUUUUAAAAAUUUAACCACUUGUAAUUUUAUUAAUUGAAAGAGGCUAAAGUGGAAGUGACUGUCUUUUAACCUUUGUAAUGUAUGGCAUUGUGCAAGCCUAUUUUAGUCUUUCUUUUCCCCUUUUUUUUUCAUCAAAUAUGCUACACAUUUUGUACAAUUUAGAUUAAUGUUCUUUUGUUUUUAACAAAGCAAGGCUUAACACUGAAAUGUUUUUAUGUGUAUUUUGUUUAUUUUAAAUAAAGUCUAACAGUACUUGUUACAUACACAAAUUGUCUGAAUCUUUUUUAGAAAUCUACAGUACUUAAACAUUAUUGCAUUCCAACAUCUCCUUUAUUUUAUAAACAUUUGUUGUUUUUUCAGGCUCUCAUUGAUAAAGCAUUUAAAAUUAAGGAAGAUGUGAUAGAGAGCUUAAACUUUACUCAAGGAACAUGGAAUGAAGAAAAACAAGCUCGAGCACUUCUACAAGAGCACAUUCGCACCAUUACAGCUGUAGUUAAUAAAUUAAAUGGAGAUAUUGCUGUGAGUAAUAAAAUAUAUAUUAUUUAUUUUGAGUAGUUUGUUUUAUGCUGAAGCCACUUUUACAAAUUAAUUUAAUAGCAUUUGGAAUGUUUUUAUUUAAGAAAGUUUAUUUUUAAACUGCAUUUAUCUCCUUCCUUUUUGGUGUCUGCCGAUAUUUUAAUUUUGUUAGUUCCAAUAAAGAACACCCACUUAGGUGGGUGGUAUGUCCUGUGGCAGAUAGGCCUGGAUGAGAUUUUAGCUGCCAUGUUUACCUAGUGUCCUACUCUUUCUCUUACCGAGUGUCACACCAAGCCCAUUAAUAAAAAAUAUAUUUUUUGUUGUAUUUUUUAAACUUUUCCUAAAUUAUCCUGAAAUACCUAUGUAAUGAAAUCAUGUUAAUCCACAUAUGCAAUGUCAAAAGUAAUUAAUAAUACUUCACUUUUUUUUUAUUUAGGCUUUGGAAAGUUCCAUUAAAUCUCGGGAUACAGCUCAUGUGACAACAAACAAUGCAGUGAAAAACUUGGAAGUACACCAUGUACAAUCACUUCAAGAUUUGAGAGGAAGAAUUGUUAGAUGUGACAGUUCCAUUUCCAAGCUGAGUGCAGAUUUCCGUUCAUGUUUUGAGUCCAUCAAGCAGCUAUCACACCAACAGCAAGAGAUACAGAAUCGAAUGACUGAUAGAAUACAUGGGCUUGAAGCACAGGUAACACAUUGUGUAGUGUAAUCUCAUACAGUCCAAGUCAGAAUUAGAGAGAGAGAAAAAUAAGAUUUCUUCUCUGCAGCACUGGUGACACUGGCAGAUAUUUUUAAUUUCUUUAAAUUAUAAUUUUUGACAAACUCUUUAACUCCCUCUUAUCAGUGGCAUAGCUAUGGGGGUGCAGGGGGUGCGGACCGUACCGGGUGACACCAUUUCAGGGGGUGACACCAUAUUGAAAAAAAAACAUAUUUAAAGAGCUCGGUCUAACCGAAUUUCAUAAAAGUAAAAGGAUAACCGAUCACACAUAAAUUUUCCACACUUGUAACCAAUACAGAUGCAUGCUUUAUUAAAAGUUCAAGGUUGAGGUGUCAGAAAUACCUUUUUGUAGUGGGCAUCAUAUCUGUGCAUAACACAGUAAAGUAAGUAAUUCCCCUUUGAAGGAACAUUAGGAUAGUUUUAUUAAUAUGACCACAGUUUAUUUUAAAUAUUAUAUUAUCGUCAAUUUAAAUUUAGGGAUUUUGAAUAAAUAUUUAUUUUGUUAUUUUGUAUUGUAUUAUUAACGGACAAGAUUGAAAGACCGCAUUCUACAUGAAUUUAGUUUUUUAGGGAUUUUUAAAAACAAAAAGUAAGGGGUUCACAUAAUACAAGGCAAUAGUACAUGGUAAAACAAGAAAUAACUGCAUCCUUCAAAACAUAUUUGGAUAGAAAUAAACUGGAUAAGCAAAUAGUUAUAGAGGCCCUAUAGUCAAUUUAAAGACUUUUAGUUUUCAAGUAAUUUCAUUCUGCUAACUGUAUAUUUUUAUAACAAAAAAUGUAACAGUAAAAUUUAAAAAACUGAAUGAUGAAAUAGUGACUUAAUGUUGUAACUGAAUUUUCUUGAUUAAAGCUUUUUUGUCUCUCUAAGUUUCCUGUUUAAGAUCUUGUUACGCACUGGCUUCUAUUGUGAGCAAUUAAUCUCUUGUUUUAAGUUAUGGCUCGUUAAAUACAAUAACAAAAAUACGACACUGAAAACAGUACCAAUCACAAUUAAUAAAAUUUAAUUUAGUAAUAAUACAAUUAUAAAACAAACUAAAUAUAAUUGCAAAUCAUCAACUUACAGAGUGCUGUGAAAAUCUGGUACCGGUACAUAAUUAGUACAAUGUGCCAAUUAAUAAUGAUGAAUACGAAUAAACAAAUAUGAGUACACAAAAAAUAAUACCGGUAUCGUGAAGUUAAAAAUACAUAUCAAACUCUCUGAAUCUCUCUAUCAAUCUCCGACUAUCUCUGUCUUCGUGUUUGUCAAUCCCUUUGUGUAUGCAGCGUAAGCCCUGCCUUCCAGAAACUACUCAGCAUUUGUUUACGUUUCUAGAACAAAUAGCAAAUUUUUGACAAGAUACUAGGAGACAUACUAACCAUGUUCAAUUGGUAGUCAACAGGAUACAUCAAAGACUAAGCCACGCCCAUCUAUGAACGCAGCGUGUGCUAGGAAUCUAAUUUGGGGGUCAAGCAAAGUUCACGCACGGGGAGAAGUGUCCUAUAUAACAAUCUCUACAAAAGACAUAAGAAAAUAUUUGAAAAAGAAGAAUACAAAAUUUGCUUACAUUAAAAUUAAAAUACCUGUGGAAAAUAAAUGAUCUGAUUACACAUUACAAGUACAAGAGUACCGGUACCAUUUAUUUGAUUAUCGUUUUGCUUUGUCUUUAAUGUUUAUAUAUCUGCCUUUCUGCAUUCAGCUUGUUACUCUGAACAGCAACAUUGAGCGUAUCAAUGGGGAAAGUCGCAUGAAACUUCAGCACCUAGAGGGUGAUACUAACACACAAAUGUCAAUGAUUGAUGCAAAAACAAGACAGCUAAUUGAAGACAUGAAAGCUAAUCUUUCAAGUAUGCAGAGCAAUUUUGAAACAGAGAGAGAAAGACUUGAGCAAAGAUUGUUUGUUGCCAUUGAAAAAGCAGAAGGAAAUAGUGACCUUAAUUUGGUAAGUGUCUUUUUUAAUUUAUUAUUAUUUGUGAUAGCUGAAUGAAAAUCGAAGAUAAAUAAUUUCAUGACCUUACGUUUUCUGUGUUCAUUGUGUAUCACUAUGCAAACUAAUAAUUGCAUAUUGUGAUUUAUAUUUAUUCUUUUUUAAAAUAAUAAAAAGAAUUAAUUAUUAAACAAUUUUUCAAGUCACAAACAAUUAAACAUUUGAAAGUGUAUGUGAAAUAAUUACCACUUUUAAAUAAAAAGUCCAAUUCACUAAAUUCAUAAGAAGCACCUAAAUAUAAAGGGAAUCAAUCCAGUUGAAACUGCAGUUGGGACAUUUGAGAGUGAUACAUUGACUAUGAUUAGCCAUCAGAGCCAUUGAAUUGUAAAAUUAAUGUGUUGUUAAGAUAAAAAUUGUUUAAAAUUUCUUAAACAAAUCACUUGAUCUAUUUUAUGGCAAGUAAGUUUCUUUGUAUACAAAAAUGUAAAUUACCAAAAAGCACAUGAGCAAACCACAGUACCAACAUAUAGUGUUCGGCAGUAAAUUAGGCUUUCUUUCGUUUUUCUAUUUCUUAAAUGAAAAUAUUAAGACUAAAAGUGUUAAAGUUGAGCAGCAUGAUAUGAAUUUUUUUUUUUACUGUUUGUGCUAUAGACAACCUCCAGGCUUUAACCCCUUACUGCUACCAUGGAAAACUAAAAACCUUGAAAAAGGAAAUAGUUUCACUAAAAUAAUAUCUUUAAUUAUUCAUCUUAUUAGUUAAGUACUGUUUUGAAAUGUAUCAUUCUGAUAAAUUUUAUUUUUUAUUCCUAGAUGUACUUGACCCAUGUUUUUCUAGAUGUAAAAUAAGGUCAUUUCUGAUUUACACAUAAAAUUAGUUAUUAAGGUACAAAUUAAAAGUUCCAAUAAAAACAAUAAUAAAAAUUAUAUAUAGGGAGGAAACUAUGGCCUCGUCUAGUAAAUUAAUAUAAAUAUAAUGAAUAUUUGUCAUGGGGGAAAAAUCUCAGAAUGCACAUGUCUUAAUCCUAUAGAAUGGAUUUUAAAUACAUUGUUUCAAUCUAUUUUUAUACUUUUUUCAAGAAUUUCUACACUGACAUUAUUUGAACUUAUUUUUUUUUUUGUCUAAAGGAAAAACUGCUGAAGAAAAUAGAUGAAGGCCAAUAUGUGACAGAUGCCCGCAUCUCAAAACUGGAAGAAUCGCUACACGAAUCUCGGUCUCAUAUGGAUAAUGCCCAAUCUGUAUGUAGAUAUGUUUAUUAAAGCACCUGUUAACACAAAAUUUAUUGUAAAGACAUUAUAAUAAAUUUUAGCAGUGCUGUCCGACCUGUGGCCUGCAUGCAGCACGUGAGCAGAUUUUAAAUGGCCCGCCACAGCUUGAGACAUUUUUGUGAUGUGUCUAAAAAUAAAAUAUUUUAGUGUAAAAAUAUUUUCAAUCCACAUUCAUUGAUUUAAUAUUGUUGGGAAAUCGCAUGAGAGCACAAAGGAGAUGUUGUGACAUGGAAAAGGGGGAGGUCACAGAAGCUAAGGAGUCGAAUGGCUUGUCAGGAAGCAGUAAUUUAUGUUAAGCAAUUAUCAGAGCAACUGUACCAGUGGAUAAGUUUCAAAUUUGCACCUUGACUGGUGUGAGAUUUAUUAUUUUUUCUUCCUUUUAUUUCAAAUGAAUUUUAAUGUUGUGCAGACUGGCAAAGUUGGGAAAUUUAUAUAUAUAUUUACUAAAGACAGCUGGAAAUAAAAAAUAAUUUUUGUCUAAAUUAAACCUACAUUUUUUUUUUAUUUCAGUCAAUGGAGACCAAGCUGCUAGCUAAAAUGGAUAAAACUAUCCAAAGGCAUACUGAAGAAAUAGCCAAGCUCAAACGGGAGUGCAGAGAAGGCUUUUUGACAGUCCAUGAAAGCAUCAGCAACAUGAAAACAGUGAUGGAAGGGAAACGGAAAUUAUUAGAAGAUCAGCUUAGAAAAGAGAUUGGACAGAUUCGUAAAAUGAUAGUUUUGGUUUAGAGGGAAAAACAGGUUGGGCAUUGCAUUACAAAAUAAUUCUAUUUACAAUUUCAUAAAACACAUGUUCAAUGUUACCAUUAUCUAAUAUCAUUGUAAGCACAUGUAAUUACUACUUAAAGAAUCAUAUAUGGCCAGGGAAAUAAUUAUCUCCUAAAUCUUUAAUAUAAAUAUAUUAAUAUUAUACAUAUGUAGUUAUAACAAUUAAUUUUGUGUUUGUGUUUUAAAUUCAAGUAUUUUCUUAUAGAAAAAAUCUUAUUUUUAUAAUUUAUAUUGCUACUAAUAUUUUGAGCACAAAGUUUGACUAAAUUUUAUCAAAAUUUUUAUCUUCUUAUCUGUGCUUGGGAGCAGGUUUUAUGAUUUUAAUAAAUCUGAAAUUACUUUAAAAAUCUAAAGAAUUACUCUGAUUUCCAAUUGAUUUUCAAAGCUUUCGAAGGUGACUCAACAACGUACUGUACAAAUUAUUUUGCAUCAUCUUUUACUCAUAACGUACCAUUAAGAGCUUCAGCAAUGUAUCCACAAUAGUAUUAAAAAAAAAUCUUUGUAACAUUCUAUGAACAGCAUUUAGGGAAAUUAAUAUAAACUUAUAGCAUAUAUUUUUUGACAUGAUUAAGUUUUCACUAGGGGUCGCAAUGCUGGUCCCUUUUACCAAAACCGGUAUUUGUAGUAUUAAAGUUAAAAUGGUGCAAGCUUUCGUUUUAAUUCAUUAAUUACUUAAAUAAAAACAUUCAGAUAAAAUCACAUUUUAAUUUUUAAUCAGAUUUUAACAAUAACAUAAAUAAAUGUCUAACUUCAGACAUUAAUCAAGCUUGAAAAAAUACAAUUCUUCUUAGCUUUGUGGGAUUUAUUCAACUCCGAAAGCAUAAAUCACAUUUUUAAAAUAGUUUUAUUAAAAUUAACCUUAUCUUUGAAAGUACAUCUAAGCAUACUUUUGUCACCCAAAAAUUUACUUCAUAUCUUUGGGGGAGAAAAUAAUUAUUGCAUAAAUAGAAAACGUGAAACAUUUGAAAUAAAUUCAAUAGUUGCUGAUUAUGGUAAUUAUUAAAAAAAGAUUAUAUACUCUCCUCUAUACAAAAAGAUACUCGCAUUGAAAUUUUUAUAAUAUACCG